CGCUCGGCGCCGGGCAGCGUCCCUCCGCCGCCGCAGCCCCCACCCGCCGCGUCGGUGCACCGAGGGCCAGCGCGCCAGGGCCCACCCAGCGGGGGCGGGAUGACAGAGCACAAAGAGACAGCGGAGGACCACUACCCGCUUGGCCUGCACCCGGGCCAGCAGGCUUCAAAAAGGAGGCCCGCCGGUGCCAGCCUCCGAGGUGCCGCCCAGUAGGGACCCACAGCUCCUGGAGGAUGGUGCGGAUCUUGGCCAAUGGGGAAAUUGUUCAGGAUGAUGACCCCCGAGUGAGGACCACUACCUCGCAGAGAGGUAGCUCUCCUCGGCAGGGCUUUCUCAACAGGGGCCAUGGUGUCCCCCCUGGGGGGACCGGCCCCCGCCCACAGCAGGCAGGUGCCAGGCUGGGGGCUGCCCAGUCUCCCUUCAAUGACCUCAACCGGCAGCUGGUAAACAUGGGCUUCCCCCAGUGGCAUCUGGGCAACCAUGUGGUGGAGCCGGUGACCUCCAUCUUGCUGCUUUUCCUGCUCAUGAUGCUUGGUGUUCGUGGCCUCUUGCUGGUGGGCCUCGUGUACCUGGUGUCCCACCUGAGCCAGCGGUGACCUCGAGGGCUGACGGGGGUUGGUGUGUCGAGAGGGACUUGCUGGGCCUUGGUGUUGGAGCAGGCAUGUGGGGAGGGGACCAUGAAUUUGGAUUGCAGGUAUGGUGAGAGGGACCAUGGGUUAAGCCGGAGGCAGAGGGAGGCUCUAGUCUAGCAUCCCCAAGCCUAGGGUGGGCACCCUGGUUGUCUUGAGAUGUUCAGGUGGUCUAGGGCCUCCAUUAAGUGACACAAAACCAGAACAAGGCAUUCUCUUUCCAAUUCUCUUUGAUCCUUUUGUGCCAAGAAGAAGUCUUAACUUGGUGCCAACGUGUUGGAUGCCUCCAGGACACGAGCUGCCUUCUCCGUUACCGGGGAGCAGUACUGGGUCUAGGGCAGGUGGGAGAAGUUUCCAGACUUUUAUAACACUGUUUUGUUUUAAUGGUGUAUUUUUAUUGGCUACCUUUUAUUUCCGAUGAGGGGUACCGGCAUUCUAUUUAUUGUGACAUUUUCAAUAAAUAGAUUUAAGUAAAAAUGA